AGUAUAAUAGCCCAGCUACUCUGUUCCAUCCAUUCGUCGCUCUCUCCCUCUGCGCCUCCGUUGCUGUGAAUCCCUUCAUCUACCUCGCUUCCCGACCAUGUCUGCCAAGUCACCUCGACCCGGAGCUGAUCCCACAGAUCACGAUGUCCCAGACGAGCACCUCGUCCACAGGACCGGUCACUGGCUUCCUCAGGACAAGAGACACCACCACAAGUUCCUGCACGACACCAUCUCCCAUGUCGACAAGCACCCCAAGCCUUUGCACCCUGUGCUUGAGGAAUUCAAGGAGAUGGUCGAGCAGGACUCGAGGCUGUACAUGUUGUUCAACCUGAUGUUUGAGCAACUCCCCGCCAAUAAAAAGUACCUCAAAGACCCCACUGGCGAUGCUCAAGUUCGAGACUUUAACCACCUCCUUCAACUCAUGAACCACGUCUUGACCACCGCUCCCCGAUGGACCGUUGCGAAACACAAGGCUGGAAUGGUCGGUGUGCCCGUCAAUGCUUUGCUCGACUGGCCAAUGGGUACCAGAGCUGGAUUCACCGUCUUCCAGGACCCCAAGGUCAACGCCAUGAUGAAAAAGGUGUUGAACGUCUGGGGAGAGUUCCUCAAAUCCCCUGAAUCCGCCAAAGUCCUCGAUGACCAGCCUGAACACUGGUUCGGCGAGCACGGAGUUUCCUCCCUUGAGGAAGUCGCCAACAAGGCCGCCCGAACAUCCCACAAGUUUAACGACAUGUUCGUCUGUGAUCCUUCUGACAAGUACCACGGCUACAAGUCCUGGGACGACUUUUUCACCCGAGAGCUGAAAGAAGGCAUCCGACCCGUCGCCGGUGAAGACAACGACGACAUCGUUGCAAACGCUUGUGAAUCGAGGUUCUACAAAUUGGCUCACAACGUUCACGCCCGAGACAGAUUCUGGGUCAAGGGACAGCCCUACUCUGUCAAUGACAUGCUCGCUUUCGAUGAGCUCGCUGAGCAAUUUGUCGGUGGAACCAUCUACCAAGCCUUCCUCUCCGCUCUCUCCUACCACCGAUGGCACUCUCCCGUCACUGGAACCAUCAAGAAGGCUUACGUCGUCGAUGGAACCUACUUCUCUGAGCCACUCUACGAAGACUUUACCGCCGAGCACGAGGCCGACACCCAUGGCGAAUGCACUUCCCAAGAGUACAUCUCUGCCGUGGCGACCCGAGCUUUGGUCUUUAUCGAGGCGGACAACCCAAAGAUUGGCCUCAUGUGCUUCAUCGGUGUGGGUAUGACUGAAGUCUCGACCUGUGACAUUACUGUCAAGGAGGGACAAAAGGUCAAGAAGGGAGAACAGCUCGGCAUGUUCCACUUUGGUGGUUCUUCCCACGUUAUUCUCUUCCGAAAAGGCGUCAAGGUUUCUGGAUUCCCAGAUUACACCGAACACAACGUUCCCGUUAGAUCCGAACUGUGCAAGGUCUCCGCUUAGGCGUCGUUAGGCUUCAAUAAUGUAGCAUUCAUAUAUCCAGGUAAAGAGAGCCAAGGAACACAUGCAUACGAAAGUGUUCAGAAAUAAA